CUGUGCUUGAACAUGCUGAUUGCUGAAUUAAAAAUUUAAAAAACACUCGUUUGCUGCGUUGGGAAGGCGUGUGGCUGAAAUUUUUAUCUCCUAAUACAGAAAGUAGAGCUGUUUUAUUGCAGUGAUGUAUCGAAGCAUUUUUCUGCUUAUUGUGGCUGCGGUCUUUGCAAGUUCUACACAACUAUAUAGGAUACCUCUCACCAAAUUCCGCACAAUUCGCUCACAAUUAAAGGAAAUAAAUUUGUCGGAAAAAGAUGUAAGCGAAAAAUCUAUGAAUUCAAAAUACCACAUUAACAGUCGUGCCGGACCUGAGGAACAGCUUAACAAUUACAUGGAUGCUCAGUACUACGGACCAAUCACAAUUGGAACUCCACCACAAGACUUUAAUGUCGUCUUCGAUACAGGAUCGUCUAAUCUCUGGGUGCCUUCUAAAAAGUGCAAAUUGACCAAUAUUGCCUGUUUGCUUCACAACAAGUAUGACAGUUCAAAAUCGAGCACCUACAAGGCGAAUGGUAAGAACUUUUCAAUUCAUUAUGGUUCCGGAAGCUUGACUGGAUUUCUUAGUACAGAUGUCGUAGAGGUCGGAUCAAUGAAAGUGGAAAAUCAGACAUUUGCUGAAGCUAUAUCUGAACCUGGUAUGGCUUUUGUUGCUGCUAGAUUUGAUGGGAUUCUUGGCAUGGGUUAUAACACCAUAUCCGUCGACCAAGUUCCUACUGUGUUUACUGAUAUGGUUGCUCAGAAACUCGUUAAGAAGGCUGUAUUUUCAUUUUACCUCAACAGAAAAGAAGGUCAGUCUCCAGGCGGGGAGCUGCUGUUAGGCGGCAGUGAUCCUGCACACUACAGCGGGGAGUUCACUUAUGUUCCUGUUACCAAAAAGGGAUAUUGGCAGUUCAAGAUGGAUUCUUUAAAUCUUGUUGGUGGUUCUGGUGGUGAAUUCUGUAAGGGUGGCUGCCAGGCUAUUGCUGAUACAGGCACGUCCUUGAUUGCUGGGCCAUCCCAAGAAAUAAAGGAAUUGAACGCAAAAAUUGGUGCCAUUCCUGCACCAAUUGGUGGAGCGUACAUCAUUGAUUGUUCGAAAAUCGACUCACUGCCAGACGUAUCAAUCAAUCUUGGUGGUAAGAGUUUCAAGCUAACUGGAUCACAGUACGUAAUCAAGGAAACUAUUCUUGGGCAAACUGAAUGUCUCAGCGGAUUCAUGGGCCUUGAUGUUCCACCACCUAUGGGACCGAUUUGGAUCUUAGGGGAUGUCUUUAUUGGUCCCUAUUAUACCGAGUUUGACAUGGAGGCGGACCGAGUCGGAUUCGCUAAAGCUACUUAAACAGACACGUUGGGAUGGGAAACGCUGGGAAACCUAAUAAUUUUUAGUCUAAUUGAAGUAUAAUAGUUUCGUAAUUUUGCACGGCAGAUACCACUACAUCAACCUGGGUUCACAGACCGAAUGAUAUGUUUUGCAGUAUAUACCAACAAACGUAUGUUGGUGCAAUAAUCAUACAAUUGUAAGUAAUUGAAGCUUUGUAAGAAAAUACAGGGUGUCUCAAAAAAAACGCAAAACUUAAAUAUGCAGAACAUUAAUACAGCUCUAAAGCGCAAUAGAGA